UGUCUACACUAACGUAUUUAUAUUUGAUCAUAAAUACAAGACAAUGCACAUGUACAUGAACUAUUUGUACAAAAGUAUUCAAUGUGCAAAUACAAAAUACUACACCAUGUGCUAUGCAGUUCAAUAAAAGAACUGUAGAGGGAAGACACAGAUUAAAUUUAGGAAAUUUAAAAAAAAAAGUCUUUUAAAAAAAGACACUUUAGAUAAAUGCAUCUUGUACGGCAGAUCUAAAAUGCAUAUCCUUAUGUGAAUAUACAUUUACCAUUUUAUAAUCAUUUUGAGUUUCUAUCCUCAACUCUCAAAGAAACAGCUAACUUAAUGGACUGAAAAGACAUGACUAACACACAUGACGAAGGUAAGGUCCCAUUUAAUACUCCCAUAAAACCGUUAAAAAAAGAAAAGCUGCAAGAAUCACGAUAGUUGCAGCUGUUUUCUGACGCGUGGAGCAGCCUUUUCAAAGCAAGAAGAUAAAAACGCUUUUCCAGAAAAUGAUUUCACCCACAGCGACAAAUUUAAGUGACGCACACCGAGCCGACGUAGACUGAAUGGACCAAAAGGCAAAAAGGUCACCUAAAACUUGCUCGUCGUCAUAGCAACGGGGAUAGCCGAGCUCAGAGCUGUUGAAUAUGGCCGAGCCGACGUAGACUUAAUGGACCAAAAGGCAAAAAGGUCACCUAAAACUUGCUCGUCGUCAUAGCAAUGGGGAUAGUUGUAAAAUGGCAUCUUUUCGCUCCACACCAGGGGCAAGAGUUUACACGUCGUCUAUCACAAUACAAUAAAAUACAACGCAACAUUUACUGUUAUUACGUUUUAACAGAACAUUCGCGUUCAAAACGCGUCUGGCGCGUGAUUUUGUGUGCGCGCUCUAGUCGUUACGAGCAUGCGCAGUGGCGCACUUCCAGAAAAGUGUCGGAUUGUAUUAUGGUUCGAUGUAACAGGAGAAAUGGCUUCAUUUGCUGUGGAGGAAAUUGCUCCUGAUGUUGACAGUGUUUUUGAAGCAUCCACGAUCCACAAAAAUAAGAAAUCCAAGAAAACGAAAAAAGAAAGGAAAGACAAGAGUAAAACCAAGCGUGCAGCUGACAUCUUGUUGGAGGAUGGCUGCCAUGACACUGUUUCCUUUAAACAAAUGCAUGACUGUAAAAAAAGAAAAAAGUCAAAGAAAAAUAAAAUCAAACCAGAGGAAGACUUCCAGCUGCUACCUCCCAUCAGGACACCAAAAUCUGAAAACCAGCUCAAACAGUCAAGCAGCACUCACACCGGAUUCACACAUCAGAUCCACCCUGUCAUCUGUAUCUCUCCAGACCCGGCACCAAAACAUUCAAGCAAGCGCGGGUGUCUGAAUAGAGUAAAAGAGGUAGAGAACGACAAAAGUAAAAAGCAAGUCGUUUUUAAUUUGCCACCUGAGCCGAGCCAAGCUGCAGACACACAUGUAAAACCCUUUACCACUAGAAAUGCUUACAAUUCUGCUACAUCCUUGCCGAGAGCUAUUUACUCAGGAAACUUGAGUCAGGGGAAGCAGCUUGUAGGAGAAAGCAGCUUGGAAUCUCAAACUACAGCGGAAGAAAUGAGCAGCCAAGAUUUAUUCAUCACACAGAAAUCAUUCUCUGAACCAAACCUGAAUCUUUUCAGCAGUGCCAGUGGCAAUGACGUCACUAUUGUAUCGGUGCAAGAGGAACAUUCAUGUAGGAUGACGGCUGACGCAGCUACUCAAACCGAAAACUUCUUUACCUUCCCAGAAGUUGCCAACUGCCUCAGGUUUCAGCAGCAGCAGAAAAUCUCCACGUUCACCGAGGAACCCAUGGACCUGAGACUGCCGAAAAGAGCAAGACAAGUGCAGCGGGCAAAUCAACCAGCAAAGCAUCCUGUUGCAAGUUGUAUCGGUCAACCUAAAUUAAAGAUAUCAGACACAUCAAGUGAGGAUGGCGACAUGGUGCCCAAAACCAAAGGUGAAUUUUCCCAACUUAAAGUCAUUCAGACUCGCUUAAACGAGUCUUUCUUUUUUAAGGUGAAGGGUUAUGAUUCUCCAAAGCCUGUAUGCCCCCUGAUGAAGCUAACAGAAAGCACUGAGAAAAAAACGAAGAAGUAACAUCGAAUGUAAUUUACCAUUACGUUCAUAUUAAAUACAGCCUAGUUCUGUGCACAUUUAGGCAAAGACAGUUUGUUUAAUAUUAUUGUUUAUUUAAUGUUAAAUUUUACAUGUUCUGAAUAACACGUUGUGGUGUACCUUUAAUAUUUUUGAACACCAAACAUGUGUAGUUUGUUUACAAGCAUUCUUCACAAUAACAGAUUAAAAUAGUCGUAUGUUGUGAGGAUAUACCAGUCUCCAUGUUUUUUUUAAUUAAUGAUACAA